AGACCAGCCUACCAAGCUCCACACACUGCUGUCAUUACGCAUGGAGUGCAUUGACACACAGGCUUUGGGAGAGCUGUUGUAUUGACUUCUUUCAUUUAUGUCAUAGCUUAAAAAUAUGUUUUCGUGAGAGACACUUGGCACCGGCACAUAUUAGAUGUGUAUUUGAUGGAUUAAUGUUGAGGCGCAUCACUGUUGAAGACUCUCCAAGUUUCGGCUCUGUGUAAAGACUCGGGCUCAGUGUAGCCAUGUCCUUCCCGGCCAAAGUGAUGAGGGAUGGGCUGCUGGAGAAGCGCAGCAGCGGGCUCCUCCAGCUGUGGAAGAAGAAGCGCUGCGUGCUCACAGAGGAAGGGCUGCGUCUGCACAACUGCAAAGGUGGUGACGGCGGUGGUGGCGUUGGUGAUGCUCCGAGCACAGCGUGGAGCUCCAAAGCCAAGGAGCUCCGCUUUGAGCGCAUGGCCACGGUAGACUGCGUGGAGUACAAGCGAGGGCUGGUGUACUUCACCGUGGUCAUGGCCACGGGGAAGGAGAUAGACUUUCGGUGUCCGCAGGACGGCACGGCGUGGAACGCGGAGAUUGCUCUGGCACUGGUGCGCUUUAAGAACCUGCAGGCCGUGCAAACUGGGCGGAACAGGCACCUGUCAACAGCACACCUGGGCAGCACUGGGGAGGAUGAGGAGCUCUGACCUGGUGCAGCCUUUUCACUUCCUGGGAGGGAACCAAUCAGAGUGGAGCAGAGCAGAGGACACCAGAUCCAUCAGCUUGAUUCUGUGGUGCACAGCAUGAUGGGAUGUGCAGUGCGGCCAUCAGUGAAUAUGGAUUAAAGGACUGAGAUCAAGUGUUACAGACACUCUUCUUGUCAUACAAAGCCUAGGAUUCUGACAUACUGUAAGCAUGGAUGAAAUUGUUUUUUGUUUUGGUCAUGACCUCAUUGCUUGAGGUCACCGCGGAGGCCGCUGCGAAAGGAAAAGAUGGCGUUAUUUGGGCAGAGACUGAGGAUCUGGGACACCCUUUGUGCCUUGACGUUUCAAAAAUAUCUUCCGUUUUGGACAUAAACUCCCAUCGUCCUCUGACGUUGCUGAAACAGGAGUCAUUUUCUUCAGUCUUGCUUUUGAUGGAAACAAACUGCCAUUUGAAACCUUUUGUUACAGACUGAACGGGUCUGCAUGCUUUUUCUAAAGACGAACAUGAAGAACAAAUAUUUUGCUCAUAUACGUUGCACACUGUAUUCUAUAUAUUUGCUGAAACCAUGUACAGUAUUACGCUCUUCAAAAGAUUAAAUACAUUUUUGUCAGUAA